CAAAUUGAAUUUCUUGAAUUCAGGCGUCAUGAAUCGUUGUACAAAAAUUUGGAUACGGAUAAACUGCUGAAUGAAGUUGGUCAAUGUGGCUUCUAUCAAAUCGUUUCCUAUGUGUUGUGUCAACUUCUAAAUUUUCCUUAUGCUGCAUCACAGUUCAUAAUGCCUUUUAUUCAAACGCAACCUGCCGCUGUGUGCAUAUCAUCUAAUGGUGUUGACGCAUUUUCAUGGUGUUCAACAAAAAAAGUUCCAAAGUCUUUGCUGAGGAUCGAUCCGUCAUGGAAAGACAAGAGUAUGCUGGUUGAGACCGACUCCAUUUUGAUGUUGCAGUUCGACUUGUUAUGCAGCAAUCCGAUAGUGCAAGAAGCUGGAUUUUGUAUAUUUUCAUUGGGUGCAAUGUUAAUUGUUCCGUUUGUUUCACAACUUGCUGAUCUAUACGGUCGUCGUACAACAUUGCUGGUUACGUUAUACUUGAGUGUGCUUUUCAACAUCGUCGCAGCUUUUUCACCUAAUUAUUCUACGUUCGUCACAUUGCGAUUUUUUAUUGGAGCCGCAUCAGAUAGCUACUUAACGAUAGCAUCAAUAUUGUCAUGUGAAGUUGUUGCGAAUGAAUCACGACCGUGGACCGGUCUUGUUUACACGAUUACAUGGCUUCUGGGUUAUCUUUAUGUUGGAUGUUCAUGCUCGCACAUGACUAACGAUUUUCAGUAUAUUACCGGAAUCACCAUACUGGCUGAUUGCUCAUGGACGUAUAAUCGGUAUCAAAAACUAUAUCAAACGAUCAAAUUGGUGAAUCUUAAUGAAAGAUGCUCUGUUUUUAGUUUAGAAGAUAUACUACGUAAUCAGAAUGUCUUGGAACUUCGUGAAAUAAUGGUAAUGUCGUUCUACUACUAUGCAAUUUCGCUGGACAGUGUUAAUUUAAGUGAUGACAAGUACACUGGUUAUAUGCUAUCCGGUGCAAUUGAACUACCCGGUGGCAUUAUUGCAAUACCACUGCUACGUUUCUUUGGAAGGCGUUCAGUUACUGUGCUUGCAUUGACCGUUCAAGGAAUCGCUAUAUCGAUAUCACCGUUUGUGAGAAGAUGGCAUUGGGCACGACUCAUCAUCGACCUAUCAGCGAAAAUGGUCAAUGGAAUCGCAUUUGUUUCACAUCCGUUGUUGGUCAACGAAAUGAUGCCCACAACCAUACGAACAACGAGUUAUUCAAUUAUAAACAUUCCGCAAAGUAUUGGCAUUAUGCUCUCACCUCUUCUCAAGUAUACGGAUCUGGGUGAUGGCAAAGUACCUUGCCUAACACUCGCCUUCCUCUCAUUCGUGUCAGCGCUUCUCACCUUGACUCUUCCCGAAACCAAGGAUAAACCGAUGCCUGAAGAUUUCGAACAGAUGGACGUCGGUCCACUGCUCCAACCGUUCAUAAGAAAUCGACCUCUAAAGAAGUCGAACAGAAUCACCGACAUCACUGAGCUGUCGUCGUCAAAAUCCACGACACCAUCCACAUCCAGCUCUUUGAUUUAA